AUGCCUCUUCCCCUGAUCCACUACCUGUACCCCUCCGGAUUGCCCAAGUACCUUCCGCAGCAUGAGGACGGCGAGCCCAGCUGGGCGCUGGUGACUGGUGCCACUGACGGGAUCGGUCGCGCUCUGUGUGUCGAGCUGAGCGCCCGGGGCUUCAACGUGGUGCUGCACGGGCGCAACCCCAGCAAGCUAGCACGCGUGCGCGAUGAGCUGCAGGCCCAGCACCCGCAGCGCCGGUUCCGCACGGUCACGGCCGAUGCGGCUUCGUUCUCCCAGGCGGACAUCGAUCGAAUCACCGGCGAGAUCGCGGAUGUGCCGCUCACGGUGCUCAUCAACAACGUCGGCGGCACGGGCGUGCUCUCGUCCAACUUCAUGCAUUUCAAGGACACGACUCCCGCCGAAAUCGACGGUGUGUUUAAGGUCAACGUGCUCUUCGCCCUGCAGUUGACGCGCGCCCUGCUGCCGCAGCUCCAGCACCAACAAGCCCCGACGCUCGUCAUGACCUGCGGCAGCCAGGCGCACGUAGGCCAGCCGUAUAUCGCCGCGUAUUCCGCCACCAAGGGCGCCCUGCACGCCUGGACACGCGCCUUGGCCGCCGAGCAGCGCGCCCUUGGUGGCUCGCAGGUCGAUAUUCUUGAAGUGGUGAUCGGCGCAACGUAUACACAGGCGUUCGAGGGUGACAGCAAUUUUCCGACCGGGUCUAUCCAUGCCCACGCCAGAUGUCGUGGCCCGCGCGGCGCUCGCCAGGGUCGGCCUCGGACAUCGCUCCGUGUAUGCGUACUUCUGGCAUCGCGUGCAGACGUUUUGCCUGGACCUGCUGCCGACCAGCGUCGCGGAUGGUCUUGUGGCGAAGAUACUGAAACCGAGCGUUAAGACGAAAGCAAGAUAGAGAGAAAGUUAUUACCAUACGGGGUACGGAUACUGGGGGUAUCAAAUAGAAAAGAAUCGAGAACUUUCGAAA